UCAUUCGUUGCUUGGUCGCGUUGCGCUACGGAGAGUUCUGUUUGUAGCGGUUGUCGGAAUAUUUUUUUAGUCGUCUUAUUGUUUAAUUAAAAAUUAUUAUGGCUAAUAUAGAUGACGAUAUCUACAGAGAAAAAUUGCCAGAUGUUUCAACAGUGCUGUUAGGAGGUGCAAGGAAAUUAUGUCGACCUGCGACCAUAACCGAUAAAUUUCCCAUUCUAAGCUGGCUUCCACGAUAUAAAUUAGAAUUUUUAUUACGAGAUUUUAUAGCGGGAUUUACAGUCGGCUUGACAACGAUUCCACAAGCUAUUGCAUAUGGAGUGGUAGCUGGUUUAGAACCGCAAUAUGGACUCUAUUCAGCAUUUAUGGGUUGCUUCACAUACAUAAUUUUUGGUUCCUGUAAAGAUGUUACUAUUGCUACCACUGCUAUAAUGGCACUUAUGGUAAAUCAGUAUGCCGUUAUCAGUCCUGAUUAUGCGGUACUUAUCUGCUUUUUAGCAGGUUGUAUUAUAUUGAUAUUAGGCCUACUUAAUUUGGGUGUUUUAGUACGGUUCAUAUCGAUACCAGUAAUAACUGGUUUUACAAUAGCUGCUGCCACAACUAUUGGAAGUGCACAAAUUAAUAAUCUUUUUGGUAUAAAAAGUCCUUCAAAUCAAUUUAUUCCCUCUUGGAAAAACUUCUUAACACACCUUGGCUCAACACGUUUAUAUGAUGCACUGCUAGGCGUUUGUACGCUGAUAUUUCUUUUACUUAUGAAAAAAGUUAAGGACGUGCCUUACGGAAAUAAAGUUUUCUGGAAAUAUUUAUCUUUGUCCCGAAAUGCGUUAGCUGUCAUAUUUGGUACAUUUUUAGCUUAUAUACUUAGUCGUGACGGUUCACAGCCUUUCAAAGUUACUGGCAAUAUAACCGCUGGUCUACCACCAUUUCAACUGCCACCUUUUAGCACUGUUGUAGAUGGAGAGUAUGUAUCUUUUAAGGAGAUGCUUGAUAAAAUUGGCGCUUCUCUAGCUUCUGUGCCGCUUGUUUCUAUUUUGGAAAUUGUUGCUAUAUCGAAGGCAUUCUCUAAAGGGAAGAUCGUUAAUGCUUCUCAGGAAAUGGUUGCUUUAGGCAUGUGCAAUGUAAUGGGUAGUUUUGUUUUGUCUAUGCCAGUUACUGGAUCAUUCACAAGAACUGCAGUCAACAAUGCGAGUGGUGUGAAAACACCAUUGGGUGGAGCAGUAACAGGUUCACUGGUGUUAAUGGCAUUAGCUUUUCUAACUCAAACAUUUUACUACAUACCAAAGACAACACUAGCAGCUAUAAUAAUUGCAGCUAUGAUAUCUUUAGUGGAAUUGGAUAAGAUAUCGGAGAUGUGGAAGUCAAAAAAAUUAGAUUUACUGCCUUUUACUAUAACUGGACUAACAUGUCUUUUUUGGAGUCUGGAAUAUGGUAUCUUAUGUGGAGUCAUUACUAAUAUUUCCUAUAUAUUGUAUCGCAGUGCUAAACCACAUAUAAUAAUUACAUGUGAAAAGAUAAAUGAGCAUGAAGUCUGCAUAGUAGACGUAAAGCAAAGAUUAGAUUUUGCUUCAGCAGAAUAUUUAAAGGCAAAAGUUGUUAAGUUUAUUAAUAAUCAAAUUGGAGAUAAACAGGUCCGUCUGGUGAUAAUCAAGGGACAAGAAAUCAACUCAAUCGACUACACUGUAGCAAAUAAUAUAAUUUCAUUGAAGGAGGAUUUACAAGUUCUUAAAUGUGAACUUUUUUGUUGGAAUUGGAAUAUUGCAUCCGCCGGAGUAGUGUGUCGUCUGAAACCUGAAUUGAAAAAUAUAUUUAAAUAUAAUCUCACUAUAGAACAAAUUGUGAUAGAUUUUUAUGAACAGUGCACAAGUAAUGGUUCUAAUUUUACUAUCAAUAGCUUUACCUAAUGAUAUGAAUAUGAAACUUCUUUAUGAAUUCCAUCCAUUUAAUUACUUACACACACAAAAAAAAUAGUAUUAUUAAUUGCACAAAAGUAGGAGUUCUUUAAAAUGACUAAGAGUC